AUGGCGCAUUGUUGGCGACUGUUUAUGACCACGCUCAUGGCGUUCGUAGUGCAGUGGGCUAUUUAUGAAUUCCUCUCAGUUGGUACUAUUGCGCGCUGUCAGGGGGCGCAGCGGUGCGUGGACCCCGCUUCGUUUGUCCGCGUGUCCGCUUCGAUGCUAUUGAUGGCCCAGCGCCGAGAGGCUGGCCCCCGGGCGCCAUACCCACUCCUCGCGGAGUGUGCACACGGUCAAAUUCUAAAAGCAAACGGUAGAGGGCUUAAACGGUUGUCAUUCAUCUCCCCCGGAGCCACGCACGGCGAGCGCGCCGCGCGGCCAGCGCUCGACACCGCGUCGCGU